UCCGUGAACGUCAGUCAAGUGAUUAGAUCGGAUAAAAAAGUAAACAAUACAAUUUUUCUGCAUUUUAGACUUAAUAAUGUUUAAAUUUAGUGUCUGUGCUUAGAAUUAUAUGUUUUCCAAAGUUUUGUAAAGAGAAAGUAGUGAAAUUGAUCGGCAAAUAAAGUGUAUCAGUGGUGAAAACAUGACAUAGAUUUGGUUAAAGAAUUUAGUAAAAAUAUCCACAAAAAUAAGAAAUGAUCCACAUAAAUGAUCUGCCGUUAGAAUCUUUCCUUGAAAUACUAUCUAAAGUUGAUGGAUGCACGAUUGGAAUAUGCCGAAGAGUGAGUAAAAAUUGGAAAGAAAUAAUCGAUGGCACAGACUUACUUUGGCAAGAAUGUUGCAAAAAAGAAUUCAAACAUUCGUCUAUUAUUGCGAGAAGGAAGUCCGGAAAAGACACGAGCUGGUACCACAUCUACAAGAACCUAAAAACAUGGUCGAAUAUUUCGAAAAUUGAGAAUAAAACGAGGGAGUUUUAUAAUUUUUCUCUUCACGAUAAAUGUCACGCAUUGGAGAUUGAUAAUGGAAUAUUACCGUUAAAAGACGCGAGAGGAGUUGUUCUUUACGAUAUGAAUACAAUGAAAAACAUACCUGUUGUAGUACCCGAGAAAAACUGCUUUAAAGUUGCGCAUAAUGAUUGUGCUUCUGCCAUUUUGAUAAAAUCUGGACUCUUAAUACAAAGAACCGUUCCUAAUCCAAACUUCAUGUCUGAGGCGUUUUUUAAAGCUGAUAACUUCGUUCUAGCCGAGAAUGCUAUGUACUUCUUUAAUAACCGAGACAUUUUCAAAUGUGAUUUAAGUCACGAAAAUCUAUCUUCAAAAUUGAUUCUACAUUGCGACUAUGAUAUUAAAGUUAUACAGUACAACAACAAUGUUUUAUACAUCUUUACUGAUUGUGGAAAUAUAGUAACCAUUGUAAACGAACAGCAAGAUUCUGUCAAACCAAUCGCUGUACCUCCAGAAUGGCUAAAGCAGGUUAAACAUAUAAUGGCUAUCAACGAUAAAAACUAUGUUUGUUAUUCACGGAUCUUAUUCAAAAUAGAAACAGAUACAUAUAAGCAUUUAUACAUAGAGUUUCCUCCGAUAACUGCAUUAUUCUUUUACGGAGAUAUCGUUUUGAUUGGGACAAGGAAUAGUGAAAUUUUGUUAUACCGUCUGUCAAGUCAAAAGUAUAAGGUUACACCAAUUUUUGAGAGACUCGGAGCAUUGCCGGAUGGGAAGUAUGCCGUACAACUGGAUGUUUGCGAGAGGAAGUCUGGACCAGUCAUAGUUGCUGCAACGUUUUUUGAGAUAUUCAUAUUUGAAUAUGACUUCUUUCCUAAUGACAAUGUGGACUUGAUGAAGAAGACCUUCACCUCGAACAAGCUGUGUAUUUACAAGAGACUGCUCCGACUGAAGGACCGGCUGCAGUGCCAAUCAUUCAUUUAAACCAUACA